CGGCGCGGCGCGGCGCGGCGCGACACUCCCGGGGCAGCGACGGGCCGCGGCGCUCAGCCUGCUAGUGAGCUGCGCGGGCACACCCCGGCGCGGCGGUGACAGCGGACAGCCAUGUCAGACGAGGCGUCGGCCACCACUUCAUACGAGAAGUUUCUGACCCCCGAGGAACCCUUUCCGCUUCUGGGACCCCCUCGCGGGGUGGGCACCUGCCCGAGUGAGGAGCCGGGCUGCCUGGACAUCAGCGACUUUGGCUGCCAGCUGUCCUCCUGCCAUCGCACCGACCCGCUCCACCGCUUUCACACCAACAGGUGGAACUUAACUUCUUGUGGAACAAGUGUUGCCAGCUCAGAAUGCAGUGAGGAGCUGUUUUCAUCAGUUUCUGUUGGAGAUCAAGAUGAUUGCUAUUCCCUGUUAGAUGAUCAAGACUUCACUUCUUUUGAUUUAUUCCCUGAGGGGAGUGUCUGCAGUGAUGUGUCUUCUUCUAUUAGCACAUACUGGGAUUGGUCGGAUAGUGAGUUUGAAUGGCAGUUACCGGGCAGUGACAUUGCCAGUGGGAGUGACGUGCUUUCUGAUGUCAUACCCAGUAUUCCAAGUUCACCUUGCUUGCUUCCUAAAAAGAAAAACAAGCACCGGAAUUUAGAUGAACUUCCUUGGAGUGCAAUGACAAAUGAUGAACAGGUGGAAUAUAUUGAGUAUCUGAGUCGUAAAGUCAGUACUGAGAUGGGUCUUCGGGAGCAACUUGACAUUAUUAAAAUAAUUGAUCCUUCUGCUCAAAUCUCCCCUACAGACAGUGAGUUUAUUAUUGAACUUAACUGUCUCACAGAUGAAAAACUGAAGCAGGUCAGAAACUAUAUCAAGGAGCAUAGCCCUCGCCAGCGGCCUGCAAGAGAGGCCUGGAAGAGAAGCAACUUCAGUUGUGCCAGCACCAGUGGAGUGAGCGGUGCCAGUGCCAGCAGCAGCAGUGCCAGCAUGGUCAGUUCUGCAAGCAGCAGUGGGUCCAGUGUUGGAAACUCUGCUUCAAACUCCAGUGCCAACAUGAGUCGAGCACACAGUGACAGCAACCUUUCUGCAAGUGCGGCAGAACGGAUUCGGGAUUCAAAAAAGCGAUCCAAGCAGCGGAAGUUGCAGCAGAAGGCCUUACGCAAGAGACAGCUGAAAGAGCAGAGGCAGGCUCGAAAGGAGCGGCUCAGUGGGCUCUUCCUGAAUGAAGAAGUGCUGUCCUUGAAAGUGACGGAGGAAGACCACGAAGCAGAUGUAGAUGUGUUGAUGUAAUAAGGGUGAAGCAGUCAGCAUUCUUUCUAAGCAUUGGUAUUCUAUCCUGAUUUGUUUACAUGCAUCUUGACCAAACUUUUGGUUAGGGAUGUGCUGACCACCAUGUAGAAUUUAGGCCUGUGGUUCUCAGCAGGUGGUCCCUGGACCAGCAGCUUGAGCAUCACCCAAGACCUGUUAGUGAUGCAUACUGUGGGGCCCCACCCAGGCCAGGUGAAUCGGAAGCCCGGGGUGUGCCCAGCGUUGUGUUUUAACAAGCACUGGGGUAUUCUGCCAGUGCAUCCUAGGUUUAAGAACCACUGAUUUAGUAAAUGUUUUGACUAUUUAAACUUUAGGGUGGUUAAGUAGGCGUUUUCAAAGACCGGCUUUUACAGUAGAAGAUUUCAAGGUACUGCUGACAAGUAGUUUAUUAUGUCAAUAUAUGUACAUGUGUAGAGAUCACAAUUCAGUUUCUUUAAUGUUACAGUUUCUUUGAUUACUUUUUCUAAAGGGUCAUAGCAUAAUUCUCAAUUCCUAGUGGAAAUCUUUUAUGGAGGUUGUGGGGGUUGGGUGUGGAUUGCUGUUUAUAAUAGUGCCUUCAUUAGGUUUAGUUCUGUUUUCAUUCAUUAUUAACGGUGUAAAAAACAGGCCCUAAUAGCUUUCCUGUUAGGUUUGCUUUUGUUUUUCACUAUAUUUAAAUUCAGACUCCUUUCUGUAAGUGAUGACUACUGAGGAAAUAAUAUUACUAAUAGCAAAUUUUAGACUUGAUGCUAUGUUGAUUAAUAUUCAAGUGAGAAAGCAAUUAAGCAAAAAAAAAACAAUUAUACUUUUCCACUGCUUUCUGAAAUGUUAGGCUGUGAAACUAUUCAAAGGUGGAAAAUAUCUCUCUUAUGUUCUUUUUGUAGGUCAUUUUUCCCCCCAGCACAGCUCUAAUUUUUAAAUACAGUAUUUAGUUUAACAGCUUCUGGCAUAUGAACCGGUUAAUGGUCAAAGUUAACAAAAGAAAACCCUUACAGUUCUGCUAGCCUUCUCUAUAAAUCACUAGAAAUACAGAGUAGUGAGAUAAUAGGAAAAAAAACACCUUAGGUUGUUGGCUGUUAGUAAAACGAAUUUUAAAUGUGAAGUCAUAGGGUUUAUUUAAAUGUUUUUAUGGAGAGCUAUUCAUGAGCAUUAGACAUAGUGUGAGUCCUUUUUUUCUACCACACGUCUUUGAACAUUUACAUGGGUUAAAGAAGGUGGAAACCGAUACUUCUGACAGUCAAGCUGAUUCCUGAUUUUCAUAAUCUUCAUUUUGUUGUGGACACCUUCGGAGGUAAUCAGGAUACUGUAGGAGUUGGAAUCAAUUGUUUUUAAAACUAGAGUCAGCUUGAUGGGGAUUUCUACUUUUAACUUUUCAAUCAUAUGAAGUAACUUGUUAUGAUAAAGAUAAUGACUUAAAUUCUUAAUUUAAAAUUCUUCAUCUAAAUAUAAAGGCUUAACCUUUGCUCACAUUCAUAUGUUUUGAAAAUUGGAUCUAAUUUUGAUUCCUCGAAGUUUAAAGAAUUGAAAGUGAGGAUCAAAAUUGAUAUAUUGCAGCUUUGCUGAGGUCUGCGGUAUGGUUGUCACAUUUUGAAGACUACUAAAUUCAUACUUUAAAAUUUUACUAAAAUAAAAGUAUAUAUGUG